GCUGAAUGAUGGGAGGUACUGUGUCUGUUCAGGUGUUACAAGAGAAAGAGGAAAUAAACCAGGAAAAAUCUCCUUACGAUCGAACAAAUUCUAAUAUCGACACAAUUAUUUUAGACACUCUUGAGACACAGUGAAUGUUGAGUUGAAGGAUCUGUCUCAGAGAUGUUAAUUUGUUUGACUCUCCUCCUUGUUAGUGGUAUUACAGAUUCAAGAUCAGAGCAGUUUGUAGUAGUGGGACCUGCAGAUCCUGUAUUAGCUGUCGCUGGUGAAGAUGUGAUUCUGCCCUGUUCAGUCAAUCCCAGCAUCAGUGUUGUGGACAUGAGAGUGGAGUGGUUUAGACCUGAUCUGAAAGACUCAGUUCAUCUCUAUGAUGAGCAUGAAGACAGAAACGCAGAUCAGAUUCAGUCCUACAGAGGGAGAACAAAACUGAUCCAUCAAGAACUACAGAGAGGAGACGCAUCACUCAAACUCUCAACAGUCCGAGUCUCUGAUGAAGGACGUUAUAAGUGUUUUAUUCAGUCUAAAUCCCGAUAUGAUGACGUCACUGUUGAUGUCAGAGUUGAAGCUGUAGGACGUCCUCCAGUGAUCACUGUAGUUGGGUUUGAUGGUUCAGGAGGGUUUCAUCUACAGUGUGAAUCUGAAGGUUGGUAUCCUGAACCUGAUCUUGAGUGGCUGGACAGUGAAGGAGUCAGUUUGAGUUCAGAAACUACAGAGACACACAGAAACACAGACCGAUUCAAUGUCAAACACACCAUCACUGUAUAUGACAGUAACGACAAGAUUCACUGCAGAAUCAAACUGAGACAUCACAUGCUGGAGACACUGAUCAACACCACAAAUAAUAUGUUUAUUUCUUGGAGGACAUCAGUCAUCCUGAUGUCAGUUUUUGUUGUGCUCGUUGUGAUUGCUGGAAUACUGAUUGCUGUGUUCGCGCAUAAAAACAGAGCACACGAUCGACUACAGAAUGAGAACAGAAGAAUUCAGAAUGAGAAAAGAAGCAUUCAGGAUGAGAAGAGCAGAAUACAACAUGAACGUGAUCAACUUUUACAAAGUCAGAAAAUGAUUCUACUACAAGCUGUCUCACAAUUAAGAAAACACAUGGCAGUGAAAGUGACUCUGGAUGCUGAUUCAGCUCAUCCACGUCUCAUCGUGUCUCGUGACGGGAAACAAGUGAGAUGUGAAAACAGCCAGAACGCAGUGGAUGAUGGAGAACACAGGUUUGAUAGAUAUCUUGGUGUUCUCGGGAAGAACGGAUUCUCCUCAGGGAGUUUUUACUUUGAGGUUCAGGUGAAGGAUCAAACUAAGUGGGAUUUAGGAGUGGCCAGAGAAUCUGUUGACAGGAGCGGCUGGAUUGAUCUGAGUCCUGAUGUUGGACACUGGACUGUGAGACGGUUUUAUGAGAAGUAUUGGGCUCUUGAGUCUCCACCUGUCUCUCUUUCUCUGAGAGUGGAUCCUCAGAGGAUCGGUGUGUUUGUGGAUUAUGAGGAGGGUCUCGUCUCCUUUUAUGAAGUGGAGUCCACGUCUCAUAUCUACACUUUCACUGGUCAGUGCUUUAACAAGAAACUCUUUCCAUUUGUUGGUUUGGGGUAUCAGUAUAAUGAUAACUCCACACCACUGAUUAUCUGUGAGGAUUAUUAAUGAGGUCAGUGAAUGAAAUUACACGAUCAAAUUAAAGGGACUC